AAAAUAAUCAUAAAUUCAAAAAUUAAUACAUUCUGAGGCACCCCUCUGGUACUAAAAUCGACGCACGUGCGGCUGAUCAGGGAGGGGGCAUGCUGAAAUCUGGCAGAUACCACUGAACAAUAAAACUGCGGCUCAAUUCUAAAAAUUAAAAAUACAAUUGAACGAGUUAAUUGGGAAUCAUUGUACUAACAGUUUGAGUGGAAAGAUCGUUCGAACGGUUACGGGCUCCGUUCAAAAGUGCGGAAUGAACGCCACAACGCUACAUGUUGAAGCGUGCAAAUGCAUGUUGUCACUUGAAAAUGACAACCAAGCUGUUUGGGAUCAGAUGUUCCAUUUGCUACCGAAGCUUCGCCAAGCCCUUUCAUGUCGAGUGUGCCGCGGUUUAUUGAUCGACCCGUACGGAUCUCACAGCUGUGAGCACCAUGUCUGCAAAGGAUGUCUACGGAAAAAACGGGCUUUGAUACCUGGAUGUCGGUGGUGUACAAACUUAGAAAAGCUAACGGAAGAUAAACAGGCAAGAAUUCUCUUAGCUUGUUAUCAAAAGCUUUGCGAAUACGUCGCUCAAAAGGCGGUUGGUGGACAAUUACUUGCCACGCAAAAUGGCGAGUAUAACAAGACUUUAGCGAUCAUUAAAGAGGCGGUGACAAGUCCGAUUUCACUCGCACACUUUCAGAAUCAACAGCAACAAGCACCGGUACCCGCAAACACCACAGAUUCAAAUUCCAAAAUUUCCCCUUCUACGAGCGGGAAUUUGAACAUGGCGACCGAGUCACGUGUCACACCAGUCAAACUUCCGCCGGAAAUAGAACUGCUCCCUCCAAAACGAGUCACUAAGUUGUUGUCUUCUCCGACAGGAAGUGACAGUCAGAAAGAAAAGAAAAGAAAGAGAAAACCUUUCAAAGGAAGUUAUUACAAUUAUGGGAAAAAGAAAAAAACUGUCAGGCUCAGUGCAAAUGCAACAAAUUCUUUUUAUAAUUUAGGGAGUGAGAAAAAUAUUUCUACAGAUUUUGCUUCUCUGGAUUUUAAAACUGGAGAUUGUCCACAAAAAGUUAUUAUGGAAGAAGAGGAAAGUGAAGAGAUUCAAGUUGUUGAUAAUGUUGAUCCUGAACCAAAGCCUAAGAUUGAACAAAAACAAACUGUUGUGGUGACUCCUCCUGGAAAACACAGAAAGAACAAAGGGAAGGUGAAGAGGUGUUCUUGUGGUAUGUCAUCCAAGCUUCAAAGCCCCAGGUGUGUCACCACACGCUGCCCUUGCUUCAGUGAUGAAGGAUCAUGUGAACUCUGCCCUUGUUUAAAUUGUGGUAAUCCCUUUAACAACAACAAUAAUAACAACAAAAUGCAGCCAGAUGGAAAAUAUCCAUUGAAGUGUGUAGAUGAAAAGAGCAUGCUGACUUCUGUAGAAUGAUUGAUCAUUAUAGGAUUUAGAGAAGGA